GAGGACCCGAGGGGGCUGCUGCUGCUGCUGCUGCCGCCGCGCACUCAGCUCGCGAAGCGGGACAGCCCCGGCGGAACCUCCACCGCAGAUCCCUCCAUGCCCUGAGUUUGCUCCACCUGCCUGCCCCUCUGCUCUGGGACAGCUGGGCGUAGGGCAGCCCAGAGGUUCAGCCCGAUAAGAGCCAUGCCCUUGGAAGAGGAGGAGCCCAGUUGGAAGAAACGAGCAGAAGAUAUCCGGGAGAUCUAUGAAUUCCGGGAGGUGCUGGGCACAGGUGCCUUCUCUGAGGUGGUCCUGGCCGAAGAGAAGUCGACUCAGAAGCUGGUAGCCGUCAAGUGCAUCGCAAAGAAGGUGCUGGAAGGGAAGGAGAGCAGCAUCGAGAAUGAGAUAGCUGUGCUACACAAGAUCAAGCACCCCAAUAUUGUGGCUCUGGAUGACAUCUAUGAGAGCGGGGGGCAUCUCUACCUCAUCAUGCAGCUGGUCUCAGGUGGGGAGCUCUUUGACAGGAUUGUGGAGAAGGGGUUUUACACGGAGCGAGAUGCCAGCCAACUCAUCCGCCAGAUCCUUGACGCUGUCAAAUACCUCCAUGACAUGGGCAUUGUACACCGUGACCUCAAGCCUGAGAACCUGCUCUAUUACAGUCUGGAUGAAGAUUCCAAGAUCAUGAUUAGCGACUUUGGGCUAUCAAAGAUAGAAGGCUCAGGAAGUGUCAUGUCUACGGCUUGCGGGACUCCAGGUUAUGUGGCUCCUGAGGUAUUGGCACAGAAGCCAUACAGCAAAGCGGUCGAUUGCUGGUCUAUUGGAGUCAUCGCUUAUAUCUUACUGUGUGGAUAUCCCCCCUUCUACGAUGAGAACGACACGAAGCUCUUUGAGCAGAUCCUGAAGGCCGAAUAUGAAUUUGACUCCCCCUACUGGGACGACAUAUCAGAAUCAGCCAAAGAUUUCAUCCAGCAUUUAAUGGAGAGAGACCCUAAGAAACGCUUCACCUGUGAGCAGGCACUACAACACCCGUGGAUUGCUGGAGACACCGCACUAGAUAAGAACAUCCACCAGUCAGUCAGUGAGCAGAUCAAAAAGAAUUUUGCCAAGAGCAAGUGGAAGCAAGCCUUCAAUGCAACUGCUGUGGUCAGGCAUAUGAGGAAGCUACAGCUUGGAACCAGCCAAGAUGGACCUGGUCAAGCCAUGCAGGAGAGCAAUGGCUCAGCUUCCAGUAGCAGCGAGGAAUCCUUGGGGAAUGGUUCUCACCGUCAAACGCGGGAUUGAACGUUCCCCAUUGGACAGAGGACACAGAUGGCGGUGCCAGGAUCAACCCAUUGUGGGGCGGCCGGCCAAAGCCCCACUCUGCUGUGCUACCACAAGUGGAGCCAAGGGAAGGGCCUGGGACUGCCCCCAACACUCCUCCCAAUGAAGUGUGGCUGAGCCCCUCCGCAGGGAAAGCUUCCCUUGUUAAGCCACGCCCUCCUGAACCUGGACAUGGGGCCUGAUCCUUCAUAAGCCACACACUUCCCUGGAGAUGCUUCUUCUUCCUCUUCUCUCUCUAUCUCUCUCUAACACAGAGCAGCCAAAUCCUGGCCGCAGCCAGCCAGCUCUGUCCAUGCCCUGUGCUGAGCCCCCACCCAAGCUUACAAUGUCCUCCUCCUCCUCCUUGGCCAAUCGUGUGGUGUUGUCUAGGAAAGACCACACAACGGCCUGCUCAGGCCCUUUGCAGCAGCUGUCAAGGUGGAGGCUGGUCUCCAGCUGUGGAGCUUGAGGAUGCCUCACCCACCCCCAUUAAAAAAAAACCCUAACCAAGUCCCCCACUCAAAUCAUGCACCUCCAGCCCAACAAGCAGGUUCACAAAGAGCGAGCCUGCAGCGCUUAUAACCCUAGAUCACCCUAAUCAUGUCACAAACGAAAACGAAAGCUGCUUGUGGACCCUUCGCAAUUUGAUCUUGAGAUGGCGCCUCCCGAUAAGAGGGAAUGCACGUCCGCUGUCAAGAAACGUGAAGCUAGAUUGAAAGGCUGUUUCAAUCUUCUGGUGUCAUUUGGCUGUCUAUGGGCGAGGACACGUUAUUUUUUUAAGAGUGGUGGUUUGAUAGAACCACAGCUACCCUUGAUAUAUAUAUAUACACACACACACACACACCCAGGCGGAGGUGGGAAACAAUUUAGCUGACUUUCCGUAUGGCUCCGGUUGAACUAUGGGGAAAAGGCAACUGUAUUUGGGUACCUUGUCAAUUACUGCCCAUGGCCCAUACCAUACCAUCGGCCUCCAGAGCAAUCCUGCAGCUGUUUUUUAAAAUGCUUUGCGUUUUGUAUUUUUUCUUUUUGCGGGGGGUCAGGGAAGAAGGAGCACACUUGCAGAGAUGUGCGUAUGCCUCUGUUUUUGAAAACAGCGCUGGGAAUAGAAGGGGGAAGGCAAGAUUGAGUGGUUGUCGAAACAUCGUUUUGGCAUGGGAAGCAACUCGCUGAUCCAGGAUUUGGUUCGUUGGCCAGUUCAUUUGCAAUGCAAGUUACAAAGAGAAGUUCACACCAUAGACAACACUCCCAUUGAGGCAGCCCUUGAAGCGCUGGGUCUGUCUUCAUCCAAGCUGGCCUUUGCACCACCCAACUGGCAGAACCAGGAUACUUCCCACCGUGUAUAGAGUCCAGCCUUCCCCAACCUGGUGCCUUCCGGAUGCUUCGGAUGACAACUCCCAUCCAACGCAGCCAAUGUUUAGGGGGGUCAUGGGAGUUCUGUAGUCAACGUUCUCCAACGUUUGGAGAAGCGCCAGGUUGGACAAGACUGGCUUAGCCCCCCCUCCCCUCUUGCUCUCCUGCCUGCUCUUGAUGCUCACAGCUCCGCAUUUUGCGCCCAUGUUCUCUCUGUCUCUGCACUCUCUUGGUUCAAGAGGACUUUCUAACUUGAAGUUUCUAUUUUGUUGCUUGUUCUUGUAUUAAAAAGGAAGGAAGCGCA